AACAUUAUAAAAGCCGGUGCUCUUAUCACGCGUCCAGAAGUCUCGUUGAAACCUCGCCGCGGAGUUUUAGUCAAGAUUAUUCAAGAACGGCUCAUAAAAUGAACCGAAGCUUAUUAGCGUUCGCGGUAGUGCUGAUUCUGCUGGUCGCCGGCACGUUCUCUCAGACGUUUUACAAAAGUGGCAAUUGCCCGAUGAGGAACACCGUGAGCAAUUGUGGCUCCAGGUGCAUAGGGGACGGACAGUGUCCAUUCAAUCAGAAAUGCUGCCCGAACAAAUGCGGCUUCACGUCGUGCGCAGAUACCAGCCCCGUUAACACCGGCAGUGAUGGCGGUUACAAGGGCUCGAGCAAUCAGCAGGCUGUUUACUGCAACGGAGUGAAGUGCGCCGCGUACGAGAAGUGCCAAUACGAUCGCAACACCAGACGCGACAAGUGCACGCGCGUCUAGAAAUCGAAUUUCUCCGUUAUAUUUUCGCUGGCAAACGAAAACUCGAUCACACAUUACUUACGCAGGCAAUUUUUAUAGUAAAGGGACAGAUCAGCCUGCUUAAAAUAUAUAUGCGAAAUUGGCCCUUUCUUUCUUACGUCGCGGCGAAUAUACCCGAAGGACAGAAUUCCCUUAUUUUUAUCGAUAAACGGCACGAUUAAUAUUGAUUUUUACAUUAAAUGUAAAUUCGUUGUUUUCUGAAUUGUAGUAUACAUAUUAUUUUCUAAAAAUAUUUUGCUACGCCGUCUUGGUCGGGCGAAUUAAGGUCUGACAGGUGCUUAUAUUUAAACAAAUGCUUCAAAAUUAAAGAAUUGAGUUACGCCUUACGCUAUAUAUGUUUAGCGUACAUUUGCCUACAAUGCCUACAUUAACCCUAACAAUGAGAUAUCUCCGCGAAUCUGUUUGACGUCGACUGCAUAACAUUCACACUGAAAUAGAAAGUCAACUGCGAUAUGAGAAACAUCUAAUUUGUUAGACACACACCUGUAUUUGCGUUGAUUUGUCAAUAAAAUCAUGUAAAGGCACUAAA